GUGGGGCCGCACCGCAUUCAGCUUGUUGCUCCGUGUCACGUGCAACCACACUUCACUCUACCGCGUCACGUGCAACCACACCUCACUCUACCGCGUCACGUGCCACCACACCUCACUCUACCGCGUACUCCAAUCGGCGCGCGCUGGACUUGUUGGAUACAUUGCUCUCCUCAACGUGCUUGCAACACCAGUCAUGCGCGCUCGCGCCCCGCGCGCACACAUUGAACGCCGCCAGUCCCCCGCGCUCACAGCCAGCCCGACUGCCCCUCGCGCUGCUCUGCUUCCGCGACCCCCUCGCGGGGAUGGCGGCGGAGCGGCCGCUGCUGGCGGAGGAGGAGGAUGAGGCGGAGGUGGCGCGGGCGUGGCGCGCAGUGGAGGGGGUGCGCGUGUCGGCGGACGUGGCGGCAGCGGCGCGGCACCUGGUGGCGCUGCUGCGACGCGUGCACGCGCACGGCGGGCUCCAUGGCGAGCCGACGCUCGACCGCGCCAUCUGCAGGUACGAGCGCUGCUGGUUGCAGCUGGCUGGGAGGCUGAGUGAUGACGAAUUGUGCCGCCUGAUGCCGCCCGUGGACGUGGAGUGGGUGUGGCUCUGCCACCGCCUCAACCCCGAGGCAUAUAAGGACGACUGCCAAGCCAUUGUGGGUCGCCUAGUGGACCAAGCUGUAUUUGACACCAGUGAGGGUGACUAUAACGAGGAUUCAUUUGCUGGCACCCGUGCUGGUUGCCGCAGCGGCAGCAUGGGUGGGAGGGCAGCAGCGGAGGCGGCAUGUCGGCAGGUGUGGGGAAGGCUGUUCCCAGACGAGCCCUAUGACCUCCUGCGCAUGCCGCGGCGUUCCCAGGCCAUGCGGUGUGACCCGCACCAAGAGGAUGGUGGGGGCGCGCGGGGGAGGAAGCAGUGCGGCGGGGCGAGAGAGGCGGAGCAAGGGGGGGCGGAGAGGGGAGAGGUGGCAGAGCACGGGGAUGGCAUUGGGUGUUGCGAUGAGGGCGCAACAGCGAGGUGCAGCAGCGCAGGUGGUGGCGGGCCGAGGGGCGAGGGGAACGGCUCAGGCUCAGAUGUGGAUGAGAGCGAGCCAGAGGCGGCAACCUUGGUGCCAGUGCUGGCAGCAGCAGGGGCAGAGGGCAGGGCAGACCCAGAAGGGGCAGCAGAGGGGGCAGCAGAGGGGGCAGCAGAGGGGGCAGCAGAGGGGGCAGCAGAAGGGGCAGCAGAAGGGGCAGCGGUGGGGCGGCGUCUGCAGUACGAUUUGAGGGCUGCAGUGGUGCGACAGAGAGGGUUCUGGUACCAGGUGGAGCGGCCAUGGAUGGUGCAGCGGGCGUACCUGAGGGGGUCGGUGCAGCGGUACCGCAUGUUCCUCAGCCUCGUGAAGAGCAACCCAGGGACGCUGCUCACCCCCACCUACGACAUCGACCUGCUCUGGCAUGCACACAUGAUGUGUGCGCGCGUGUAUGCCUCUGACUGUCACCACCUCAUGGGGCGCCUCAUCGGCCACGACGACUCCCACGUGCCCACCCCAGCCCUCCCUCCCUCUGCCGCACUCGCUUGCUCUCCCUCCACCCUCGCCUCCUCCUCGCCACCACGUGCCGCCCGGCGUCUGGAGGCGGCGCACGUGGCGACGGCAGCGCUGUGGGAGCGUACCUUCGCAGUGCCCUUUGCCCGCGCGGGGGCCAUGCGGCGGGGGGGCGUGCCUGCUGCUGCCUCUGAGUUCCUGCCUCUGCCCGUGCCCGUGCCGCAGACAGCUAUGGGUGCAGAGCAGCAGGCAGCCACAGUGCAGGCAGCAGAGGAUGACGGCUCCAUGGCACGGACCCAGGGGGCAGCCACUGCUGCCGGUGCGGAUGUGGAGAGGCAGCAGCAGCAGCAGCAGCAGCAGCAGCAGCAGAAGCAGCUGGCAGGGGAUUCGGCAGAAGCAGAUGCAAGCAAGGAAGGAGUGGGACGAGAAGGCAGAGGAGGGCAGGGGGCAGUGGAGCGGGGCGUGGGAGUGGGGAGGUGGGUGUGUGCGGGCGAGGCGAAUGCGGGGCUGGGGCUGUGGCGGCGCAGCGUGGUGGAGGUGGACCUCACGGUGACCACCGUGCGCGGGCUGCAGCUGCCCGCCCCCGACUCCCUCUCUGUCUGCCUCUCCGCGCUGCACGCCGCCCCUGCCUUCUCCGCUCACACGCGUGCCCUGCCCUUCCACCCGUCGUGCCCCCCGCCGCGCUGGCAGCACCGCUUCUCGCUGCAGGCGGAGGUGGCGUCGCAGGGGGUGCUGCUGCGCCUGCACGCACACUCGCCCUCGCUGCUCUCCUCGCUGCUGCCCUGGCUCUCCCCCCCCGCCCCCCGCGUGCUGGGCGCGGCCGCCCUCACCUGGCACCACCUGCGGCUGCACCCAGCGCUGCUGCUCCAUGGCCGCCUGCCCCUCGCCCCCCCCGGCUCCCCACCCGCUCUCGACAGCAUCGCCACCGCGCCUCGCACUGCGGAGGCUGCAGCUGCUGCAGGCAGUGGAGAAGCGGCAGCGAGCACAGCAGCGCAGGGGGGCGUGGAGGGGAUGGGGGGGGACGGUGGCAGGGGGCCGUGGGCGUCGGGGGUGGCAGCGCUGCAGGUGGGCGUGUCGCUGACCCCCGCCACGGCGGCGCCCUUCCUGCUGCGCUGCGUGUUCAUGCGUGGGUCAGAUGACAGCGGGGCCAUGGUGUGCGCUGCCCUGGCUCAGCGCCGCCCUCAGGCGGGACGAUGGGUGUCACGCACCGUGCUGGACCACAGGGGCAUGGAGGCGUUUGUGAUCCGCACACGAGUGGCCGAGGGAGUGUGGCUAGACCACAAGCGUCCAAAGCCAGUCCAGCCAACAGAGCGGGCGAUUGUGCUGCAUCAGGGUGGGUGGAGCUACGUGUGCACGGACGCCACGCCCUUCCCCCUCUGCGACCCCCUGCAUGAGCGCGUGGGGGCGUGCCGCGGGCCAGUGGUUGCGCAGGCCGUGCCGCGACUGGGGGGCGUGAAGUGGGCUGCAGGGGGGGAGGGGGGAAGGGCGCACAGCAGAAAAGGCAAAGGGGAGCAGGAUGGGGGAGGGGCGGGAGGAGGGGAGGAGUUGAUGGCGCGGUUUGCACUGGUGGGGUGCUUGCCCGGUGGGGCGACGGCGGAGCUGAGAGUGCGGUGCAGAGCGGUGAAUGGGGCGCUGGUGCAAGGGUCGCUGCAGCUGGAGCUGCAGGAGGAGGGCGGGCAGCAGGUUGCUCUGCUGCCUGGUCGCCACCUCUCCUACUGCGUGCCCGGUGCACCGGCCUCAGAGGAGCACGGCUUUGCCACGCUCAUUCGCUACGCGCCAGGGGGUGGGGCAGCGUGUGCGACAGCGCUGCUGAGCUGGAGCGGGGGCGUGGUGGAGGUGGCGCAGGAGGAGUCGGUGCCCCUGGCGCUGCUGUUGUGCGUGGCCAUCGCUGAGGCACGGCACGACAUGCUUGCUGUGCCGCGCUGCACGCGCUUCACACCCACCCCCCUGCCCGCGCCUGACCCCGACUCCCACUGGCAGGCCGUGUGCCUGGCCCGCCCCCCGCAUGCCUCGCCCUCUGCUGCUGCCAGCCCCAGUGACGGUUGCAGGGGCGAGGCGCGAGAGGCAGAGGAGGGGGAGGCAGUAGUGCAGCAGGCAGGGCAGAGGUGGUGGGACCAACGGCCGCUGGCACGGAUGCCUGGUGCUGCCAACUGUGGUGCUGGGGCGUGUGGCCCUAGCUUUACGCAUGCCUAGGGGCGUGUGUGUGACCCUAGCUUUACUCAUGCCUAGGAGCGCGUGGCCCUAGCUUUACUAAUGCCUAAGGGCGUGUGGCCCUCGCUUCACUCAUGUCUAGGGGCGUGUGGCCCUAGCUUUACUCAUGCCUAGGGGCGUGUGGCCCUCGCUUCACUCAUGUCUAGGGGCAUGUGGCCCUAGCUUCACUCAUGCCUAGGGCCAUGUGGGUCU